AUGAAUGAUUAUAUUAAAUACCUAUAUGUUAUGAAUGAAAAAUUUAUUUUAACAAAAGUUCCUCGAAUACAAAUCAAUUGGAAUGUUAUUGAAGAUUUCUAUUAUGCUUAUCGUUAUGCUACUAAUCCUUGUCAUCAAGAUACUCAAUAUUUAAAAGAUUUAGUAGAAUUACUUUGUUCAGUAGGACAUUGUCCUGAAGUUGUUUAUAUGGAUAUGGAUUUACCUUAUCUUAUAUCAUAUUCGUUAGAAGUUCUUCGCAUGAAAAAACAAAUUUUAAAACUAUUGAAUGUUUCAUUUGAAAUUCAAUUUAGUUGA